AUGGACGGAGAAGAAAAUCCUCGACGCCCUCGGGCCGUGUCCGGGGCUCGGAGCGAAAGGGAACGGUCGGGACGCGAACGAUCAUCGACAAAUCCUAGGUCUCCUGUCUCUCCUGUCUCACCGACGAGGUCUCGAGGACUUUCGAUCGAUGUCCCAAUCUCGCCCACAAGAAGAGUUCCAACGGUCGAGGAAGGUGUGGAAGCCGAAGGAUUGCGACGCCGCAGCUCAGCGGCAUCUCGACGAAGCGGCAUGAGCAGUCUGAAUCCCCGAACGACGCUUGCUCAGAGAACGACCGGCAAAUUUACUAUGGCUGGUCCAGAGGAUACGCCCCAAUAUAAACUGGCUCAAGAGCCUUUUGUGGCGCCUGGAUACAGUGAUCUCAACCCAUCAUACGAACAGGCAAGCAAUGCGAAGCCAGUUUGGUCUCUGGCUAAGCCUCUGCCGCGGGUGGUGCGGUCAGGGAUGGUGCCAACCAAGGAGGAACUGCUUGAGGCUCGCCAGAAGGCAGAGAUGCCGGCCGAAAACUCGCAAAAGCUGGGACUGGACGUUGAUCCCAACGAUCUGGAGCUGGGGAAAAUCGAGAAGACUGCGGAUCCUCGGAAGAUGGCGGCACAGGUGGAGGAUGCACGUCUGCAGCGUGAGCAGAAUUUCUUGAACAAGCUCUUAAACGGUGAGACUGCCUCUCAGAGACCCGGAUCGCGUGUGUCUCGCUCUUCUUCCAUACGCCAGAGACGCACGUCGCAAUGGAACAGCCCAGGGCUGGAUCAGCUUUCUACAGUCGAAGAAGCUGGAUCCCAAGCAAGUGGAGAUGACUAUGAAGGUGCCGCCCGGCCGGCUGGCUACUUCAGUAACGAUCCUCUGGGUCCUGUGCCUGAGGAGCCUGAGCAAUUUGAAGACGAGGGUAAAUUUGAAUUCCCCUCCCUCGACGAAGCAACUUGUCCUGAAGAUCUUCACCCACUGGUCCAGGAACUCGUCGAGGACGAAGUGCACAACAAUCACACCACUUGGUCCGUCAUUCGUACCCAUCACCGCGAAGCCCUCGCCGAGGCCCUGGCCGUGUUCGUUCAGCUUACCAUCGGCUUCUGCGCGGAUUUGUCUGUGACCAUCGCUGAUGCGGGUAACCCGAACACAACCGACUGGGCCUGGGGAUUCGCCACCAUGAUUGGUAUCUACAUUUCUGGUGGUAUAUCUGGUGCUCAUUUGAAUCCUGCUGUGACCACCAUGUUGUGGUUUUACCGUGGAUUCCCCAAGCGUUUGAUGCCGGAGUAUUUCGCAGCUCAAUUCAUCGCCGCCUUCUGUGCUGCUCUUGUCGCCUACGGUAUCUACUACGAUUCCAUCCAGCACUACCUCGCUACCAACACUACCACUGGAAUUGUCACUAGUUUUGUGACUAGCCAACGUGAAACCUGGAUUAAUCCCCGGACAGCAUUCUUUAACGAGUUACUUGGCUCUGCGUUGUUGUCUGUUGUGAUUCUAGCUCUCGGUGAUGAUCAGAAUGCCCCGCCCGGCGCUGGCAUGAACUCCUUCAUCAUCGGUCUUAUCAUUACCUGUCUCAGUAUUUCAUUUGCCUACCAGACCGGCGCUGCCUUUAACCCCAGCCGUGACUUUGGUCCACGUCUCGCCUUGCUCGCCCUGGGCUAUAGCGGCGAGCUGUUCCGGAAUGCUUAUUGGUUCUAUGGGCCAUGGGUUGGUGCGACCGCUGGUUGGUUUGCUGGCGCCUUCCUGUACGAUUUCUUCAUCUUCACCGGCGGUGAAUCGCCUGUCAACUACCCCUGGGAGCGAACUGAGCGUGCGAUGAGGAAGAGUGGCAUGAAGUGGAAGAGACGGUUGCGCAUUCACAAAAAGAAGAAAGAGGAGAAGAAAGAGGACACUACGUGA